GGAAGGUCGUGUCGCUCGCAGGCAAUUUACACUGCGAUCUUUUUCAAACUCGUGCAAUAUCGUAAUUCGUGUUCACAAUAUAGCUAACUGCAUUUUCUGUUAAACUAUCAAGUGUAUGUUAUAUUUUCAAUUAUUUGAAGGGAUAUUCUGCAGUGUUUGUUUGCGUGAUCGCGCGUUUUGAAAACUUACGUAAAGCGGGGCAGCUAGAUUUUUGGCAGGCCGCCUACACGAUCACAUAAAUCCUGCAACUAUACAUGCAAUGGCUGAUCGGUGGAGGGUAGAUUAAUGGCGCGGUGACGCAGAAUGUGCCGCGCGCACAUCGCCGCUGUGUUGCGGCUCCUAGUUUUGGCUGGUGGAGCAUUCUUCGUAAACCCGUACACGAGCGAAGAGCGCAUUGAUCUCAACCAAGUAUGGGUCGAGAUACCCACGACCUUGGUCGCUUUGGGCGGGGACGUCCACAUUUACGUCCGUGGCGUGACCGCUGGCAGCUUGCGAGUGCGCCUCGCUCGAGAUGACGACGACGGACGCAGCCUCCUCGCCACCAUGCCCUUAGCUCUAGACGCGGAAAGCCGACUCACUCUACCCUGCGGCUACUUCUCUAGAGGAGGCAUUUACUACCUAGAAAUAGUCGCUGAUAAAGAAACCUUCCUCGACUUUGAAAACUCCACAAUCAACACCAUCAAAGUUAAGAGGGAUGUGACCGAUGGUGGAAUUAUGGAAACGGGAGACAGUGUGGUGAAAUCUUGGAAGUUCGAUGUUAUGUGGCCGACGGCUAGCUUGGACGUCACUCCGGAACAGAUUCAGACGUAUCCGGAGAGACAAGUGACUGCGAUCCUGGAGUUUCCGAAGGUGGUGUGCACUCCAGUGCAGACAAGUGCAGAUUUUUGGCUGGAACUCUUGUACUGUGGCCAUUCGAGCGGCGGUGCUGUAUUGUGCGAUGGCAAAAACGUCAGCUCGCAUGCUCAUGUGCUGUAUUCAGAACAGAUGUAUGGAUUCCCCGGCCGUAGGACUAUGACACUACGGUGUGAACACUUUGGCCAGGCGGGAGACUAUGCGCUUACCUUGCGACCAGCUGCCGCCGCCGGUCCUCAGGACCUAGCUGUGGCCUUUGUUAAAGCGGAUUGGUCAGACCAAUUCGUGCUGAACGUGCACGGUGGUUCCGUGUUCCCCUGCGGAGACGGGGUACGGGUCCUCUUCCAGUACCCCGAGUGUGUGCUGGAUGGAGCAGAUAGAGUGCGCGUGUUCGGGCGCGACGCGGAGCGACUGCGAUACGUGGCGGAGAGGCGCGUGAGACGCGGCCAACACACAGCCACAUUCGACUGUAGACUGUUCAGCGAACGAUAUCCGGAAUACUGUUUUGUGUACGUGUCGCAAGCUGUCACUGGCGCGGUCGCGGAUGUGCGGAUGGACUGUCUUCCCACGCUGCCUUUAUCAGAUGGUGGUGCUGGUGGAUGGGGGGAAUGGUCUCCCUGGUCAGCCUGUCCAGCUCCCGCACACUGCUCCACGCGUACGCGCAGCAGACAUCGGUUUUGCGACUCGCCUCCACCCGCAUACGGUGCUAAAUACUGCGAGGGCCAAGCAGUAGAAUUAGCAGCAUGCGAGUGUUCUGCUCGACCCUGGGCGGGAGACUCAUCAAUGGUAGUCGCAGAGAUCGGCGCGAGAUGUCGCUGCGGAUGUGUGCUUCACCUCGCUCCUAUUGCCAGACUCCUUGCGGGCUCCGCUAGGGUCUGUCCAGCUAGAUCCUUCUGGCUUCUGCAGGCUGAAGAAGGAUUGAUAGUGCGCGUGCGUUUCGAAGCAGUGCGCUUGCCCUGUGCAGGCCAGUCGCUCCGGGCCCGUAAUGGCGACUCCCUCGGAUCUCCUCUGCUAGCUUCUUGGGACGGACCUGACAGUGCUGCUGUGUCUGAAGACGUAGAAACAACGACGGACAGCAGUGGGAUGGUGGAAAUAGCUGGUGGGAGGCACAUCCUGAUUGAGCUGCGGUCAGCUGACACCAGCGAGAGGUGCACGGGAGGCUUUCUGGCGCAUGCCACACAGAUAGAGCCCAUACGCAACGCGUCCGCCGCGUGGGCGUCAGUCGCGAGCGCGGCGUGGUGGCGCGGCGGCGGGGGCGCGCGCGCUGCGGCCGCCGCGCUCGCCGCACUCGCUGCUAUAGCGGCGGUCCUGCUGGCGAUACAUUCCGCCCACCGCACCAGAGCGUACCAGCGCGCUGCUGAUAAGGAAUCGCUUACUGAUAGUGACGCAUGUUCAGCAUCACUGGAACUAGGAGCGACGUCAGGAUCUCGCAGCACAUUGCUGAGUGAGGUGGUGGGGGGUGUGUCGCUGCGGCGGCUCCUCCCCGCACGGAUGAGACACACGCGGCUCAGAGACGCUGACAGGAGUUCUGAGAUUGCGGACCAGAGGGACGAAGAUGAUAUUUCCGACGCGGAAGACGCAAUGAGCGUCGCCAGCGCGUGCAGUGCGGGGAGCCACGCCUCGCAAGCCACUGUGACGCCUGAGAACGUGUCAUCUAGCAGCGCGCCCGUCACCAGUGGCGCUAAAGCAUCUCCCCUGCGCCGCUCCCAUACUGUCUCCACGCAUGUUUCUGCCCAGCAGGUGAUGUCACCACAACAAGCGUCUACCAGCGAGGCGGUCACAGCAGAAAUCAGUACUAGCGUGACCAGUGUGAGCGAGCGGGACAGCUGCAGCGAGAAGGACCGAGACAGUAUAUGGGACAAGGAUAGAGAGAGUGUUGCAUCUUCUACUUCUGCUGCCACUUUAACUAACGGUUGGUACUCCCCAGCGUUAAGUGGGGUGUCCGCCGCCCGAGUGAGGGACAACGCCAAGCGCAGCAAGGAGACCUCCAACCGCCGGCUGCUGCGGUCGGACCUGAGCCUCACCUCGCACCCUGAGCUGGAGAUAGACUAUUACGACUACGAAGUCAAUAAUGCGGGUUCUGUUCCUGGCUCGUAUCUAGGAAUGGAUCCCGCUUUUUUAGUCUGGAUACCUCCUCUUGAAGAGGGGGACAUUAUGAGAGAGGUUGAUGACAACAAAGCUCCCAUAUAUGAGGAAAUCGUUCCAAAAGAGAUGCGACCUGACCCGGGUAGCAACUCAGAAUCGCCCGAAGACAGACCAGCUACCCUCAAACGGAACCCGGCUAACAGAUCCAACGAAUCCAUAAAGUCAAUGCGAAAAGUCAUAGACAGGAGCAGCGUCAUCCACCCAUUAAACUUUAGCAUUAGCGACUUGCAAAAUUCGCCGAAGCUUGGCAGAAAAAAUAAGAGAAAGAAAGGCGACAAUCCCGUGAACAUACCAAUGAAGGAACUCACGCUAAUGUCACCAGUGAAAGUGCAUAAAAAAUCCGAUGACUCGACCCUAAAAAGAGUAAUGGAAGGCAGAGAGAAGGACUCCACGUUGAAACGCAGCGAUUUUAAUGACAUUCGGUUUGCGGACGAUUCCUCUAAUGAGAUAAAAUUCGCGGACGACUCGCCCGAUAGCAAUAGAUUAGUUGAUAAAUUCGAUGUUAAAGUGUAAACGUUGAGUUCAUUGUGAUUGGAAAGUUUCCAAUUGUAGCUCAAUAAUAGCAAUUGAAUAUUGUUCACAAUUUAAUCAACCCAAGAGAACCUUGCUAACAUAAAAUUAAUAUCA